GAUCCUGACUGCAUAACAGAUCUUUGUAUUCACGGAACUUUAUAGGUGCAUUGCAUUUGAACAAGAGAGCGCGAAAGUGAGGAAGAGCUAAAGGUCAAUAAUAAGUGUUAAACAUAAAAACUGCAAUUUGAAAGCCAUACAGUAAUUAAUGGGAGAAGCAAUGAUGGAAACGGGAGCUUUGAUGGUUUAUCAGUGCAAAGAAUGUAAUCAUAUAGUAAGUGACAGUAGUGUACGUGUUAGUGAGAAGGGGAAUAUACUAGUAUUGACAGAUGUAACGAUAAAAUUAGGCCCUGAAAAGGAAAUUGAAAUACCUGGCAGUCAUCCUAGCAAGAUACAUCCAGUACAGUGUCAUUGUAACACUGUUCUUGGUGCUUAUUGUAAAAUUCCUCCUGCUAACGAUCAACAGUUUAGAGAAAAGUAUGUCCUUGAUGGAUACAAACUACUCAGACGUGCUGUUGGAAAUGGAUUUACUAAAGUUCUAAAACUAAGAGAGCAGAUAAAAAAUCUCAAUGAAAAAUUAUUAGAUUUGAACUACACACUUAUGUUGUCAGCCAGGGAGAUUGUGAAAAUGAAAGAGGUGUUGUGUCUUUUGGCUAAGGAUCCUAAAGUGAUAAACUUACUCCAGUUAGAUUCUAAUUUUACAGAUGCAUCCAGUGAUACAGAUAAUAUGUAAGGUUGGUUUGUGGUAAUAUCUUGUUUCCUGUGACUGACGAUUCUGAUUUUUAUGAUUCUCAAGAAAAUAAACAGGUACAUUCGGCAUCUUUUCCCUUGUAAUUGAACUCUGGCAGAUUAGUUAAGAUAUUGUCAUGUUCUCUUAGUUAUGAUAGUAUUCUAAUCAACCUGCUAUAGCUUUUAUGUGAGUACUUAAGAAUACACUCAAGGGGUACCUGCAUGGAAUGUAUCUGUAAAUGACUUAAUAAACAUUGUGAAAUCUCUUCAAGGGUUAAAUUGUUAACUGUGCACUUUACAAUUGAAAAAAAGGCUUUUUAUUUUUGUUAAUUUAUUUAUAAACUUUUAUUUGGAGGUAAAUAACUUGACUGUAAAUGGUUAUUAUGCUAGUGUGUUAAAUACUGAUUCUAAAGAUUUUUUUUUCUUCCACUUGUAAUACCAUGGCGUUAACUUCAUCUGGUGUAUGAUGCAAACAUUACCUAGCUUUGGUUGUUUUGUUGUGGUUCUCCUGUUGGAAGGGGAUUUACUGAACCUUUGAUGAAAAGAUAAAAAUUCUCAGUGACA